GUUUGUUCCUUAAUGUUUUUUUGUAUGCGGUACAAGGCACGAUACAACAUGGAGAAUCGAAUGAAAGCCGUAUUAUCGGACUUGUGGAGUGCAGUGGUGAAUAUGCGAUUUUUAUGUACGCUCACAGAAGAAUGGCGAUUCUCCCAGAGGACGUUUCAUUACAAGAAAUAGUGCCUGUGUCAGAAGAUUUAGUCAUUGAAGAAGUGUUUCAGGAUACACAUGUCAUAGGUUCUGAUACGACAGUCAAAAUAACAUCAAGAGAUGUUGAUCUAGAACUUUGGCUUCCCUUUGGAUCACAAGCCAAGAUCUUUCUACAGGAAGCCCACAAAGCAUGUGAAGAGUUACUCAACCAAACUGUCUCUAGAGGAUUCCCACCUCAAUUUCUAUGGCUUUCAAAGUAUAAACAAAAGAAGGAUUUCCAGUUGCAUGGAUCCCUGCGGAUGGAACAUGCACAUGGUCCAUCAUCCUCGACCAAUCAGAAAGGCGAUUCUGAUCUGUUAGCAAUCAAACAUGGCGGUAAAGAAAGGGACAGUCAUGUGUAUGAAGGUGGCUGUGUUGAUCCAAUCGCAGGAAGACAUUCGUCUGACCUAGAAACGUGCUCUGAUGCCUCCCCAAGCUGCCCUGCACGUCGUCCUGCAACAAAGCCUGAGAAAAUGAAACCUGACAUAACUGAUGAUAUGGUCCGCAAAGCUGACAUCUUGCCGACAAGCAAAGCGCAAAUCCUCACAAUGCCACAGUUUGGCCUGCGGGACAAUCUGAUCAAAUCAGAGCUGUUGAAGCAAGAAGAGAAAUACACUUACAUCAGAAACUAUAGGAUUUUUGCAGGGACGUAUAAUGUGAAUGGCAAGUCUCCCAAGGAGGAUCUGAAGCCUUGGCUGAGCUAUGAUUCUGAACCACCUGAUAUCUACUGUAUUGGUUUUCAGGAAAUUGACCUGAGUAAAGAAACAUUCCUUUUUAAUGAUACACCAAAGGAGGAGGAGUGGUUCAUGGCUGUUUCUGAAAGUCUUCAUCCUUCAGCUACAUAUGCAAAGAUCAAGCUUGUCCGACUGGUUGGAAUGAUGCUCAUGUUGUUUGUGAAGAAAGAACAUGCCGCGUAUGUGACAGAAGUGGAAGUGGAAACAGUGGGAACAGGCAUCAUGGGAAGAAUGGGUAACAAAGGUGGAGUGAGCAUAAGGUUUCAAUUUCAUAACACCACCUUGUGUAUCGUUAACUCACAUCUCGCAGCUCAUACUGAAGAAUGUGAUAGGCGGAACCAAGACUACAAAGAAAUCUGUAGCAGAAUGCGUUUUAUUCAGUCUACUCUGCCACUAACCUCUCUCACAAUCAUGAAGCAUGACAUGAUAAUAUGGCUUGGAGAUCUGAACUACAGAAUAUGUCAUCCAGACGUAGAAGUAAUUAAAAAGCUAAUAGCAUUGAAGGAUUAUAAGAAACUCUUCAAAUAUGAUCAGCUAGCAAAACACAUGGAGGAGUCGGGUGUAUUUCAAGAAUUCAUGGAAGGACCUAUCAAUUUUCAACCAACCUACAAAUACGAUAUUGGCUCUGAUAAUUGGGACACAAGUGAGAAAUGUCGAGUCCCCGCAUGGUGCGAUCGAAUCCUUUGGAAAGGAAGCAACAUCAAGCAAUUGGAGUAUCGCAGUCACAUGGCUUUGAAAAUCAGUGACCAUAAACCAGUUAGCGCACUCUUUCUAGCUGGGAUAAAGGUGGUCAAUGAAGAAUUAUGCAAAAAGACAUAUGAAAACAUUGUUCGCGUACUGGACAGAAUGGAGAAUGAUUCUAUUCCUUCAGUAUCCUUGUCCAAAACAGAGUUCCAAUUUGAGAAUGUGAAGUUCAUGCAGCUUCAGGUUCAAACACUCACAAUUGCAAAUACUGGACUAGUGCCCUGUCAGUUUGAAUUCAUCACAAAGCUGGAUGAGCCUUCGUACUGCAAACCAUGGUUCAGUGCUACCCCUAAUAAGGGAAUUUUGAGUGAGGGGGAAAGGAUAGAAAUUGAAUUAGAAGUGUAUGUGAAUAAAUUUACUGCGCCCUCAUUAAAUAUGGGAACGGACCGCAUUGACGAUAUUUUAAUCUUGCAUCUACAACGAGGAAAGGAUUACUUCCUGGCUAUUUAUGGGAAUUACCUCCCAAGCUGCUUUGGAUCCUCGUUACAAGCACUUUGUUACAUGAAGGAGCCAAUCCGAGAAGUGAAACCCGAAAGAAUACAGGAGCUGGAAAGAAUGGUAAAGGAGAAUGGACCUUUUGACAGCUUAGCAAAUGAAGAGCCACUUGACAUCCCUAAAGAAAUCUGGAUGUUGGUUGACCAUCUGCACCGCAAUGCUUCACUCCAGGGUGACCUGUUCCAACAGCCAGGACUGAAGUCAGAAUUUGAGGAAAUACGAGACUGUUUAGAUACUGGAAUCCCAGAUUUUCUCCCUGGCAGUAACCAUUCUGUAACUGAAGCACUGUUGCUCUUUCUGGAUGCCCUUCCAGAGCCAGUCAUCCCUUACAACUUCUACAAGAAAUGUUUGGAGAGUUCGUGUAGUUACGCUCAGAGUGAACAGGUUGUUGCCACAUUACCUCAAAUCCAUAAGAAUGUGUUCAAUUAUUUAAUGGCUUUCCUUCAAGACCUUCUGAAAAAUGCUGUUUACAACAACCUUGAUGUGCCUACACUUGCAAGCAUCUUUGGAGCACUCUUGUUGAGACCACCUCCUAAUGCCACAAAUCAGGGUGAUGUUAUUGAGAAUAAGAAGGCAGCACAGAUGUUCAUUGCACGUUUGUUAUCGCUGAAGGAUUGUUAACCGAAGCAGCCUGACCCAGCCAACAUAGUGUUUAUUUUCUAGUUUUCAAUAAAAUUGUACAAUUUCAGUCAAGAGUAUUUUUGUAUAAAGAUAAAGGUAAAUAUCUUUAGAGUUAUGCAAGCAAUUUUGGAAUACAAAAUGAAGAUUCUACUUGCUUGUAAUCUAAUUACCUUCGUAUGUUUAAAGAUUCAGAGCUGGAGUCAUUCUUGUGACCUCCAUUUUAGAGAAGCAUUUUACAAUGCUUUUGAUAUCGUAUUUUGUCAUGCCACAGGUGCAGGGAACUGACAAUUUUGUAUGCACGUAAUUUUAUUGUUGUUUGAAAAUACAGUCACCAUUUAACCAAAAAACCCAAGAAAACCCAGAACAGAUGGAAAUCAGAAACAAAAACAGAAAUUGCUGGAAAAGCUCAGCAGGCCUGACAGCACCUGUGGAGAGAAAUCAGAGUUAACGUUUUGGGUCCAGUGACCCUUCCUCAGAGCAGUCACUGGACCCAAAAUGUUCACUCUGUUUUGUCCUCACCAUUUAGUCUGUCCCUGCUUGCAUCAGGCACAUAGUGCAUACCAUUUGCUAUAUAUUUUCAUUACAAAGGCAGUACUUCACUUGAUUUAAGCACAGAAAGUAUUUGAGGUUAUUUAAAUAAUUGCUUCACAUAUAAUUCAAAUGUAAUUGCUCAUUCAGUCACUUCAGGCUGUCCCAACUUGUAGAGUUGACUGAAACUGGAGUUGUACGGACAGUGCUGGCUAUGGUGAUGAAGUGACCAAACCACUGUCUACUUAGUUCCAUUCUGCUCUCUCUAUGUGAUAUAAUGAAAACUUUACAUAUUGCAUAGUCUGUAGCCAGGUGUAUUUUUUAAAAAUAUCAGAUAAAUAUAACAAUAUAGAGUCUCGGAAGUCCUCUUCAGAUUAACAACAGCCAAUUUUGACUGUGAGUUGGAGAGAAUUGGGAGACUGCUUUGAAGGAGGCACUUUCUGACCGUUAUUUCCCAGAGCGCAUCCAUAAGAAAUAUUGAAGGAGUAGGUAUUGAUGACAGUACUUAAACAAUAAUGUUAAAUCUUUAAUUUCUGAAGUUGUCAAAAUUCUGCAUAAAAUUGAUCUAACCCACUACACUGGGUACUGCAUUUGGUGGACAAUCACAUUCGUAAGAUAUUUAAAAAGUUAGCAGGAUCAUAGUCUUUGUGGAUUGAACGUCAGUCAUAAGAAGUUGCCCCCGUGCAACAAAUAUGGUUUGUUACCUUUUGAGUUGACAAAACAUGCAGUGAUAGAUGUGAUUUCAAGCUACUGAUACCAGGGUAGAAUUAAUUUGAUCAAUAUGCCUGUCCAAGUACACAGACUCAUUCACAGGGAGAAAAAUGGUACCAGACUUAUGCAAAACAUUUCCUAUGUUUAAACAAAGUGAAUCAUCAGAGUAAAGAAUUUCUAAGUGAAAAGAUUAUAUCAGUGACUAAAAGAGAAACUGAUGGAGCAAUAUGGAGCAUUUACAGAUCUCAGGCCAUGAAAUGAAUCUUCAUUGAUCUGUUUAGAGUUAUAAAGGGGAUUGUGUAUAUAUGAAAGCUUUUCUUUCCUUAGUCCUGAUCAAAGGUUUGACAAAACGAGUUACGGUUAAAUCAGGACUUCUGUAUAAAUUUGCUUAUCUUUGUAACAUAGCAACUGCAGUCAGAGCAAACAAGCAUUGAACAAAAUGGAAGGUGUAAUAAAUACCAGUAAUUCAACACCUAAAUUCUGGUGUCUCCAAGUGAAGUGGUUACCCUAGUAUUAAAUUUGUACACUUCGGCAAAUUUGUUAAUCUGACACUGAACUUGCAUGUUGAGUUGAUUUAUUCCAUUUAUGUUUGGAUCAUGUGUAUUUUUAAAUCUUAAAUUCAUUGUAAUGACUCUUAUGAUUGUUGUAUCUUUUUAUUACUCCCGUCCAUUUAUUACUCCUUCUCAGUAAUUUGAUGUUGUAUUUUCCAUUUUAUUUUUCUAAUUUAUGGGCCAAAUUUUAACUCACUCAAAAGCAAUUCACCUACACAAAAUCAGAAUCAAGCCAUUGUACGUGCUUUACGGUGUGAAGUAAUUUCAAUCUUUUCCGUGAAACAGAAUUCUGAAGCUUUUAUUAUAUUUAAGGCUUUUCUGGUUUGAGUGAUUUCACAUGUUGGACAAAACUCAGGGAUUCCUCCAUGAUAUUAUUAUUCACUGUUGUCUUAUUCCAUUUUACUUGUCUGAGGGAAGUUAACAUUUUCGCCCCUUGCUCGCCGUUUCUCCUCAAGAUCUUCCUGAGAGCCUUUAGCUUUUGAAGCCAAUACAGCAGUGAGGCUAUGAAAGGAUGCCCACUCCCAAGCCAUUGAUACAAUAUUGUUCUUGACAAGCUGCCAGGAGACACCUCACAGUGGUUACAAAUAACUCCUUAUUUGUUAUAUAGUUUCUCCAUUUCCUUCUCUACCUCUCAUGGAGUAACUGAACAGCUUCCUACCUACAGCAACUUCAUGGAGGAGGGGAACUGAGUAGAGUUUGAGGUUUGAAGUUGCAUCCCUACACUACACCUCGACUAUACUUUAAAACUGUACUGCGACAUAAAAAACAAUCUUACCACUCUUCCAUAGAUAACAAGGUGUAGAGCUGGAUGAA